AGGACACAGGAACACCUAUGUGUGUCACCCUCUGUCCAGCAAUUCAACACAAUGAGAGAAUUAAAGACCUUCUUCUUUUUCCUACUAUCACCUCCCUUUAUUUAAACACCACCAUUUUCACUUCAAAAACUUCAUACAACAAAUAACCCCUCCACACACACCAACUAGAGAGAAAUGGGAAGGCCUCCUUGUUGUGACAAAAUAGGUAUAAAGAAAGGUCCUUGGACUCCUGAAGAAGAUAUUGUUUUGGUCUCUUAUAUUCAAGAACAUGGUCCUGGAAAUUGGAGAUCAGUCCCUACUAAUACUGGGUUGAUGAGGUGCAGCAAAAGUUGCAGGCUAAGGUGGACAAAUUACUUGAGGCCAGGAAUCAAAAGGGGUAAUUUCACUCCACAUGAAGAAGGAAUGAUUGUCCAUCUUCAAGCUUUAUUGGGUAACAAAUGGGCAGCCAUAGCAUCAUAUCUUCCACAAAGGACGGACAAUGACAUAAAGAACUAUUGGAACACUCAUCUAAAGAAAAAGCUCAAGAAAUUCCAAACAGGUUUGGAUUCACAUUUGACUUCUCCUCCUCCUGCAGAUUCUACCACUUGUGAUCAUUUCUCAUGGCAUUUCAUGAGUGACAAUAAUAAGCAAGGCUCAAAGUUAUUACUACAACAGAACCACAACUCUCCAAAUUCUUCCUCUUCCUUGUAUGCUUCAAGUACAGAGAAUAUUUCAAGACUUUUAGAAGGAUGGAUGAGAUCUUCUCCAAAUCCUUCUACAAAGAUUAAUGAAAUGAUCUUUCAUGAAAAUCAACAUAACCAAGAUGAUCAAGACCUAUUUAUAAGUUGUGAAACUUCUCUGGUUCAGGAUGAAGGAAUUAGCAACAGUAUUAAAACAAUUCCAAGAGAAUACAAGUCUGUUAUUUCAGCUUGUGAAAGCAGUGGAGUUGCUGAAAAGACAAUGAAUACUAAUACUCCUCCUCCAUUCACAUAUCUUGAGAAGUGGUUGCUAGAAGAAAAUGCUGGUCAAGUUGAAGAACUUAUGGGACUUCCUAUGAUAUUCACUUAAUAUUAAUAUACAUUUUCUGUUGUAACUUAAUUAUCAGUAUUGUAACUUCAUGUGGACGAAGUCCAUAGAUGUAUGAAUUUUUAAGUUAACAUAGUUCAAAUUAUAAACUUUAUGUAACUUUUCUAAGAAGUUAAAAAUAAGCUCCAUCACAGCUCCACGGAUAUCUAAAAAAAAUUCAAUGGCACAAGCAGUGGAGGAGCCACCUAAGCUAAGGUCAAAAAUUUAUUUUAUGUACAUAUAUUAUAUGUUGACUCCCCUUA